AUGGACUGUCAUUUUUCUGUCUGGGGAGUCUUGGCCUUUCUGAGUUUGGCUCUGGUGGUUUCAUUGACACUGAACAUUUCACACUAUAUGAAAAAGAAGCAAGCUAAAUUGCAGAAAGACCAUGAAGACUACAGUCCAAGCUGUGAUGACUAUUACACAGAAGAUGACCCAGUUUAUGGCAAUCUUAGGCAAAAUAUUUUAGAGGAAUGUUGUUACGAGCAGAUGAAGUCCCAGCCUCAAAGUCCAGUUAACCAGCUACAGGUGGAGCUGGACGGUCAGAUGUGUUAUGCCUCACUUGAUCACAGUGUCAAGAGAAAACACAGAAAACCAAGGAGGAAUAAAGACCCUUCAUUAGAGGAGGCUAAAGCAGAAAGAUCAUCUAAUUCUGGUGUGAUGUCUUCUAAAGUUACCAUUUACCUCAAUAGUGAGCAGCUGGCUGCAGAAGACACAGGAAGUGUAGAAGCUGUUCAUGAUGAUCCCAUCAGAUUAAUGGGUUUGAUUCACACUACAAAAGGAGAGAACAUCUGA